AUGAUAGGAAGAAUCGUUACAUUGCUCUAUUUGCUCGAAGGAAUCGAUUUUCAACAACUACAGCUAUCAGAUCGCAUAUUCAACAUACCUUUCGAAGAGUUAUUUUGCACUUCUACCAUCAGAAGAAGAUUGCGAAUGGCUAAUUUGCGCCCUAGAAGACCUUUAAGGGGUCCACGUCUUACUCGUAGACAAAUUGCUGCUCGUCUCCAGUGGGCUAGAGAACAUCAGGAGUGGCUUUUACCACAGUGGCGAAAUGUGGUAUUUACAGAUGAGGUUAGGUUUGGACUGGUGAGUGGUGAUCGUAGAAUAAGGGUUUGGAGAGAACCAGGACAUGAUCAGCGACUAAAUUUGGCCCGAGAAGUUGUCCCAUAUCAGGGCGGAUCAAUAAUGUUUUGGGGAGGCAUAAUGUUUAACCAGCGGAGUCCUUUAAUUCAGAUCCAGGGAACAAUGACAGCAGAAAUUUAUGAAGAAAAUGUCAUACAACCCAUUAUUCAACCUUUGCGAAAUGAAUUCGGUAACAACUUCAUUUUUAUGGAUGAUAAUGCAAGGCCACUUAGAGCGAGAAGGGUCCAGCCGGCUCUAGAAAGGGGCCAAAUAGUGAGAUUGCCGUGGUCUGCGAAUAGCCCAGACAUGAACCCCAUGAAAACAUUUGGGACACUAUAG